CAACUGUGUGGAGUAGAGCAGGACGCAGAAUUGCAUCUCUUUAACUGUCAAACUGAAAGUAAAAGUAAAGUUAAACACACCAUUUUAGAGGACACGCAGUUCGAUACUCCUGUUCUAAUUGUUUGCAGAGAUUGAGAUUGAAAACAUGAACAGGAAGCCUACUGAAUAACCCUACAACAGAUGAUUUAUGAGAUCAGGUUUUCUGAGUGAGAUCUGUCUGAGCAGUCCAGAGUCUUAAAGAGACAUCAGACUGUAUGGAGCCUGAGGGAGAUCCUGGAGUCAUGAGCAGGAGUAUAGAACAGGAGAGAGUGGAGUCUCCUGCUCCCAGCUGUCUGACGAUGAAGAGUGACAGGUCAAUGGGCCAAGACAUCAACUUCAAAAUUGUAAAUCUCCCUCACUCAAGUGUCAAGCAGGAGAGAGUGGAGUCUCCUGCUCCCAGCUGUCUGUCUAUGAAGAGUGACAGGUCAAUGGGCCAAGACAUCAACUUCAGAGCAGAAGUCUGUCUUCCAGAUCUAAGUGUCAGUCUGCUGACUGAGGAUCUGUUCAGAUGCUCUGUGUGUUCAGAGGUGCUGAGGGAGCCGGUCUCCAUUCCCUGUGGACACAGUUACUGCAAGCAGUGCAUCAGCACAUACUGGGCCCAGCCCGACCCUGCAGGAGACUAUGUGUGUCUCCAGUGCAGUAAGAGAUCCAGAGUCCGGCCUGUGCUCUACACUAACACAGCCUUGGCCAGGUUGCUCCAGGGGCUCCAGCAGGCAGGCUUCAGUCCUGCCCUCCCUGCUCUGGGCUACGCUGGGCCUGGGGAUGUGGCCUGUGAUAUCUGCUCUGGACAGAAGCUCAGAGCGGUGAAGUCCUGUCUGACCUGCACUGUCUCCUACUGUGAGAGCCACGUCAGGCACCACUACACUGUCCCAGCACUGCAGCGACACACCCUGUCUGAGGUCACUGGAGACGGGGGACACAAAGACCACAAUGGCAACGCUGGACAGACAGAGAGCGUCAUAGAGGAGGAGGAGAGAGAGAGUGUCUCUAAAAAGAGGAAGAUAAUAGAAGUUAAAGAGGAGGAAAAAGAUUCUGAUGAGGAGAUUUCUGAUCGGAAGAACAUCUCUAAGUUAUACUUGGAGCAGGAGAACUCUAAUCUUAAACAUGAUGUUCGUGAACUCAAUAAGAAGAAUGCUGUGUUAAAACAAGAGGUAACAUUUGAGAAAGAACUGAUGAACAUCAGAAGUGCUGACAUGAAUAAGAUCAUAGCUACUCUCACCUCAGACCCACAGCAACAGAGAGAGGCUGAGUAUGUGAGAAGAAACCUGAAGAAUAUGACCAUGGACUAUGUGGAUGUAACUCUAGAUCCUGAUACAGCACAUCCUAAACUCAUCCUGUCUGAAGACAGGAAACAAGUUAGAUGUGGAGACAUAUGGCAGCAUCUCCCUGACAACCCAGAGAGGUUUGAUAUCUCUGUCUGUGUCCUGGGAAAGGAGGGCUUCUCCUCAGGGAGAUUCUACCAUGAGGUGCAGGUGAAGGAGAAGACUGGCUGGUCUUUAGGAGUGGCCAGAGAGUCCAUCAACAGAAAAGGGACGAUUUACCUGAACCCUGAGGAUGGAUACUGGACUGUGAUGCUGAGGAAUGGAGACUACUGGGCUGGUGCUGUCCCCCCUGUCCCCCUCUACCUGAAAGAGAAGCCCCAGAAGGUGGGGGUGUUUGUGGAUUAUGAGAAGGGUCAGGUCUCCUUCUACAAUAUAGAGGCCAGGUCUCAUAUCUACUCUUUCACUGGCUGUACCUUCACUGAGAAACUCUAUCCAUUCUUCAGCCCUGGUAAUAAUUACACUGGUAGAAACUCAUCCCCACUGGUCAUCACUCCUGUAGAUGUCACUGACUGACUGGUUUAUACCAAACAUUGAAAUACUGUUAAAAUAACUGAUAAUGUAAUAGUGACCAAAUAAUGUAAUAAUUAUUUAUAAUGUAAUACAUAUUACAUAAAUCAGCAGAUCAUGUACUAACAUUUUACAUUGAUAAUGUAAUUAUUCAAUUCCAGUUAUUAAUGCAGUAACAAAUGUCAUAAAUAAGUAUUGUAAUCAGCACCAAUUUAUUUUGUGGAUAAGGUUAUCAUUUCAUGUGUUAACAUAGUAAAUCACAGUUUGCCAGUGCUGGUCAUCUUCUUCAUAAUGUAAUCCAAUAAGACCUACCUGUCCAUCUAUCUCUGUGGACCAUAUCAUCUUAGUGGACGAGAUCCAUAUUCUUCUUCCUGAUAUAACAUGACAUUGGGAAGAAUGAAAACAGUCCAAUAAAUACAACAGGAAGCCCAGGUCUGUAUGCACUGUCAUAUGUUCAGUAAACCUCUGAAAUUAGAUUAUUACAUGAUUUACUACAACAGUGACUUUUUGUCCUGCAUGUUAAUGGUUCUUACUAUAUUUUUGUUAAAUACUUUUUUUUGCUGUUGAACUGCAAGGAGAGCUUGCAAUAAAUCAUUUCAUUGUGUUGUGUA